GUUGAGAAUAAUAACAGCUUGUUGAUUUAUCACAACAUUCCUCUCUAAGCUAAGGAUGAGAUUCUGUUUUACAUAUAUACAUACAGAUACAUAGCAAAUUAGCUAUAUUUCUAAAGAAAGUUGUGUCCAAAAAUUUGUUGCCAUGGCAAACUUGGUCUAUAGUAACCUAGAAGAAGUUGGAAGAUGUAUAUCAGAAGCAGCACCUAGACAUUACAUAUUAAAGAUCAUGUCAUUUUCUUUACUUGCAAAGACUGGCAUAGACAAGUAUGAAUCUGGAGAGUUUGAAGCUGGUGGAUACAAAUGGAAACUGGUGCUGUACCCACAUGGAAACAAGAGUAGAAAUGUAAAAGAGCACCUUUCUCUCUACUUGGUUUUUGCACAUGUUGCUUCUCUGAUUCGUCUUGAUUCGGAAGUCCACGCUGUUUUCCGGUUUUUCCUGCUUGAUCAGACCAAGGACAAUUACUUGGUAGUUCAUGAUGCCACGGGAAAAGAAAGGCCGUUUCAUAGAUCAAUGCAUCAGUGGGGAUUUGAUCAGUUGAUACCAAUUAGAAGUUUUAAUGAUGUUGGCAAUGGAUACCUACUGGAUGACAGUUGUGUGUUUGGAGCUGAAGUGUUUGUUACCAAGGAAAUGACCUCAGGGAAAGGAGAAUGCUUAUCAAUGAUAAAGGAUGCCUUCAGUUCCAAGCAUGUUUGGAAGAUCGAAAACUUUUCCAAUUUAGAUUCAGAGUACAAGGAAUCACAACAAUUCUUUGCUGCCAACCAUAAAUGGAAAAUACAUCUUUUUCCCAGAGGAAGACGGCAUGGAUUAGGCACUCAUAUAUCCAUGUAUUUGGCUUUGGCAGAUUCUGCCACACUUUUGGAUGGUUCUAAAAUAUUUGCAGAGUUCACCUUGCGUAUUCUGAACCAACAGCAGAGCAGGCACAUUGCUGGAAAAGUUAGUCACUGGUUUAGUAGCUCAAGCCAAGAAAGUGGGUGGGAAAAAUUUGUUUCUCUGGCUUAUUUCUAUCAUGCAAGUAGUGGGUGCCUAGUGAAAGAUAUAUGCAUGGUGGAAGCUGAGGUGACUGUCCACGCCGUUUCCAAUACAUUGUAACUAAUGUUUUGCUAUAAUUAAACUCGGGGCUCGCAUUAGACACUCGUGACCGAUGCAUAUCUAGACACGAGUAAAAGGUAUACAAUCUUUCCUGGCAUCACUGUAUCUUACAAUGUGCAGUGCCAAUAUGUUACAUAAAAAAGGAAACAUUAAUAUGCAAAUACAAGUCAUAUAAACAUUUUUUUAGUUAAAUAUAGUUACAUCAUUUACAGAUCAA